AUGUCUCAAACACCGAACAAAGAUUCAUCACAUCAUCAUCCUUCCACAACGAGUUCACCAAUUCCGAGCAACACUGCUUCUUCCAUCAUCCACAAUUUUGGAAAGAGUCGUUUUUGGCCUAGUAAUUGGUUUCAAUCGGGACUCUCUCAAGGCGAUCAUCAUCACGAGAACAACAAUUCAUCCUCAGAGGUCCAGCGAGAUCUCCAAGAAAUUGAACAAAUUCUCGUGAAAACAUUAGAGGAAGAAUUGAAGAAGAGUAAUCGGGGCCAUUCAAUUGGAGCAUCGACCGAUGCAUCAGGUUCAUCCUCCUCCGAGUCUGGCUCUUCCACUGCUACUGUUUCAUCGGUGUGUUCAUUGCUCGGAGCAGGUGAAGCCUUGCAUCAAACAAUCACAACGACCAUCAAGAGAGAAAUUAAAACAACGGAAGAUAUUAUUGAUCGGGAAGUAAGACUUUGGCUCUCGUCAUGUAAGAAUGAUUCAAAUUGUCCCUUAUCACCCAUCUUUACUCCUAAAUUGAAAUCUGUUCAAGACAUUUUCAGUAUGGCCUUGCAAGGAAAGAAUCUUCAAGUCUCAAAACAAUCUUCUGCUUACACGAGUAAGAAGAAACAGACAUCGAUGGAAGAGCCAGAUAUCAAAUAUUAUGGAAUUGACGAAAAGGAAAAGUUGGUUCAUUUCUCAAUUGAUAAUGAGACCUUCUUCUUUGACGUCACAUACCCUUCAAAGUAUGGAGAGAAAACCAAUCAGCGUCUUAGAGUGAAAAUUGAUUACAAGCGAAUGAGAAAUUCGCACUCUCAAGAUAAGAAACAUCCUUUUGUUUCCAAUUUACAAAUUACCUCCCAUGAAAGUGAAGUUGAUGACGAGCCCAAAGAAGCUACUCCAACUCCAGUUUCAAAAUUGGAUGACCAGCAAGCUCUUAAAUUUUACAAGAUGGUAUGGGGUGAUGACAACAAUGGGUCAUUGCCAUUAAGCAUGGAUUCUAGAAAAUAUAUUAUGAAAGAGCUCUACAAAAUUAUCAAGAAUGAGGAAAAUACAAAGAAAGAGGGGUUUUCAGUCCGACCUAUUGGUGACAAUCCAUUUGUUUGGGAAGUGAGAUUGUUUGGAUUCCCUGAAGAUUCACUGUUAGCCAAAGAUCUUAACGAACAUGCCAAGAAGUUUGACACCAACAAUACCGAUGUUGUGUUGGAGGUCAAAUUCCCGGCAACAUUCCCAUCAGAGGCACCAUUUAUUCGAGUGAUUAGACCUCGCUUUGAAAUAUUCACAGGACAAGUGAGUUUUGGAGGUACCUUUUGCAUUGAUUCUCUCAACAACAAUACAUGGUCAGGUAAAAAAUCCAUUACCAUGGAGUCUGUAAUAUUAUCGAUUAGACAGUCGCUCAUUGACAACGGUGCUCGUGUGGAUAUGAGAACAUAUGCCAACUAUGAUGCCAUGACAGCAUCCAGAGCAUAUACACGACUUAAACGCUCUGAGGCACAGACACUGUUGAAAUAUCCCACUAUGAACUCUUUCAGGGAUGAUUUAAUCUGCUACAGCGCCACCUACGCCAAAGAAUUGUACUCUAAUGAUCUUACGGUUCCAUCGACAUUUGAAUUUGGAAAUCAUUCAUGCAUGAUAUUGCCAGAUUGGAUCAUGAAAUGUUUAUUUAUUAAGGAAGGAGUGAAGUUGAACAUUAGAUGCGUGAGCCUGAAUAAGGGUACCUAUAUCAAACUACAGCCUCACUCAAAGGAUUUUUACAAAAUGCAGAAUCAUAAGGCAUUGCUUGAAAACGCAUUGCGAAAUUUCAGUACACUCAACGAAGGAAUGUCCAUUCCAGUUGUGUACGGAAGAAAAACACACUUUAUCGAGGUACUUGAAUGCGAGCCCGAUUAUUCAAUUUGUGUAAUCAGUGAUCCCUAUCUUGAUAUUAAGGUUGAUUUUGCUCCAGCAUUAGAUUUCUCAGAAGAAGAUGAAAAACAAGCUGAAAAAAAUGAUUCUACCACAAAACCCCAAGUUGAAUCAUCGUCUACUGCAACGGCACAACCUCCUGUAAUAAUUGAUAAUGUUGACAUGGUUGAAUGUGAAAAUUGUAAAAGAGCCGUAUCUAAGAGAACCUAUGUCAUGCAUUUACCUCACUGUAAAAGAAAUGUUUAUAAUUGCGCCAAAUGUAAUCAGGUUGUGAAACUGAAUGAAAGAGAAAGUCACGAAGCACAGUUCCAUCAAGAAUGCGAAUGUACCGAAUGCCAUCAAACGAUGGACAAAUCGGCACUCGAAGAACACCUCACCAGUGAAUGCCAAUUCAGAAUUGUCAUUUGCAAGUAUUGUGAUUUAGCUCUUGCAUUCUGUGACUUACAUGAACAUGAAACCACAUGUGGAAAUCAAACAAUUUAUUGCCCACAUGCGGUCUUUAUAUUGCAAAAACCUUUUAUGACGAACACCAACUAG